UCUGGUAUAAGGUGUUGUUCUGUGAUAGGGCCUAGCCUGCUCAAGAUGAGGCGCUCAAAGAGCUAGAAGAGAUGGCAUAGUAGGGAGAAGCUUUUUUGCUCUUUAGGGUCUUUCCUUGGCUUAAGGAUAGCGAUCACACGAACUUUCCGCCAUACAUUAGGUAGCUGGGAGAGGGUUACACAAUUGUUGAACAGCAAGAGGAGCCACUCUCGUGUAAUCUGCCCAAAAUGUUUGAUCUGUUCUGUGCGAAUGUCAUCAUGGCGCUGCCUUGGCGUUCUUGAGAGAAUGGAUUGGUGUCUGGAGUUCCUUGCUGUUAAAGUACCAGGUCGACUCUCUAUCACCCUGAUGCCAGAGGCUCCUUUAGUGGGGAUUCUCGUGUGGUGGUUUGCCGUUCAGAAGCAGCUGGUGAGCAACCUGAUCUGUUGUAACAUUAAAGUGCAGCGUUGCCUUCUGGGGGUUGGUGUUCAGCUUCUUGAUGGGUUGCCCAAGCUCCCUUCCUGUUGUGUGUCAUAUCAACACUCUCAAUUACAAACAUAGAAAUUAGGUGCAGGAGUAGGCCAUUCGGCCCUUCGAGCCUGCACCGCCAUUCAAUAUGAUCAUGGCUGAUCAUCCAACUCAGUAUCCCGUACCUGCCUUCUCUCCAUACCCUCUGAUCCCCUUAGCCACAAGGGCCACAUCUAACUCCCUCUUAAAUAUAGCCAAUUAACUGGCCUCAACUACCCUCUGUGGCAGAGAGUUCCAGAGAUUCACCACUCUCUGUGUGAAAAAAAGUUCUUCUCAUCUCGGUUUUAAAGGAUUUCCCCCUUAUCCUUAAGCUGUGACCCCUUGUCCUGGACUUCCCCAACAUUGGGAACAAUCUUCCUGCAUCUAGCCUGUCCAACCCCUUAAGAAUUUUAGUUCAUUCCAGGAUUUCCUUCGUUCCUCUGAUAUUGCUACCACGAGCGUCUCCCGUUUUCAUAGUUUCCUCUGAGAAGGGAUCUUCCUCGUACAGUUUUGAGUAUUCCGCGUACAAUGAGGCACUGUCAGCUGAGAUUCCAGGUAUACAGUACUCCGUAUAUCCGCGUGGAAUAUACUAACUAACUAUCCAUGUUCUUCAGAGAUGCUGCCUGACCUGCUGAGUUACUCCAGCACCCCUGUGUCAGUUUCUAAAUGUUUCUCUAUUCUAUUUCCAGUCUGGUCAUGUUUUUCCCACAUUUAAUUUUUAUUUAUUAGUUACGUGAUGCAUUUCAUGCCUCCAGUUAUCUUGCGUUUCAACCUUCUCAUUCUGUUUACUCUUGCACCUUAUUUAUUUUACCUGUUGCAAGAGUUUUGGAGCAUGCCUAUUGCAAACCCGGCAAGUAUAAAGUCAACUUACCGACAGCAGGAAGGUUCAUUCGUUCAGAGCCACUGCUCGGUUGAAAUUUGGACUUCUCCAGAUUACUGAAACACAAAUCAACUGGACAAAAAUGGAACCGCUCAAGUAUAUGUCAGGAUUUGGCAAUGAAUUUUCUUCAGAGGAUCCACGCUGCCCCGGGUCCCUGCCAGAGGGUCAGAAUAAUCCGCAGGUGUGUCCAUAUGGGCUGUAUGCAGAACAACUCUCUGGUUCAGCCUUCACUUGCCCAAGGAGCACCAAUAAGCGGAGUUGGCUUUAUCGUAUUUUGCCUUCCGUUCAUCACAGACCGUUUACUUCUGUAAUUCAGGGCAACCUGUCCUACAAUUGGGACGAAGUUGACCCUGAUCCCAACCAGCUCAGAUGGCUGCCAUUCAAGAUUCAGAAAGCAUCGGAGAAGAAGGUCGAUUUUGUAACGGGUUUACAUACUUUAUGUGGAGCUGGGGACAUCAGAUCACGCACUGGCUUGGCUAUUCACAUCUAUACCUGCAACAUCUCCAUGGAGAGCAAGAGCUUCUACAAUUCAGAUGGGGAUUUCCUUCUUGUUCCUCAAAAAGGGAACCUCUUGAUCACCACAGAGUUUGGCAAGAUGCUGGUUGAACCUUACGAGAUUUGUGUCAUUCAGCAAGGGAUGCAUUUCAGUGUGGAGGUUUUCGAGGAGACCAGAGGUUAUUUACUGGAGGUGUUUGGAAGCCAUUUUGAGUUGCCUGAUCUUGGCCCCAUUGGAGCCAAUGGCCUUGCCAACCCCAGGGACUUCAAGGUUCCAGUUGCAUGGUAUGAGAAUCGGAAUAUUCCAGCAGGUUUCACAGUCAUCAGCAAGUUCCAGGGCAAGCUUUUUGCUGCUCAGCAGGAUAUCUCUCCGUUUAACGUUGUGGCUUGGCAUGGAAACUAUACACCAUACAAGUACAAUCUGAAUGACUUCAUGGUCAUUAAUUCUGUUGCCUUUGACCAUGCGGAUCCAUCAAUAUUCACCGUGCUGACGGCUAAAUCGACCCGCCCAGGUGUGGCUGUUGCAGACUUUGUUAUCUUUCCACCGCGCUGGGGAGUAUCUGAACACACUUUCCGACCUCCUUACUACCACCGUAAGGCACAGAUCUAACUCUGCUUCUUGUUA